AUGAGAAAAUAAAUGUGCAUCUUUCUUCAAAUAAAAAGUAAAUAAUGGCUUUUUUUCAGAUUUAACAGUUAUGUCAAGGCUGCAUGUAAGUUUGACUGGCAGUUUGUGCCAGCGAGCGUCCGGGAUUCAUCCAUCCAGACCUCGACAACUCUGGCCGUGUUGAUGCCGAGGGUGUGUCCUUACCACUUGGGAAUGUUUAUGGGUGGAAAGGCCGGAAAAUGUGGCCGACGCGGGAGCAGGGCAUUACCUCCAUAGAUCCAAACCUACAUUUUGCAAUUUAACAUGUUGGUCUAAAAAUAUGCCAAUCUGUCCAUUACUCUGAAGGACAUUUCAAGGCCUCCCCAAACGUCCAUUAAAUUUGUUCAUCGUAUAUGCAUGAGAACACCUCCCAGAAGUAGUUUCGGUCUAUUGCAAAAAAUCCUCCAGCCAUUGUAGGAGACCUAUGGCAAUUAGCGAUAUUUUAAAUCGUUAAAAUGUUGACAAAAAAGAAACACGUGGAAGUAAUUUUAUGGAAUUUAUAUUACUGAUUGGCUUAACUAUUCACGAACUUACUCAGAAGAGUAGUGUUUACUGCGGCAUCAGCUAUACUUUUAAAUAAUCAUUUUUGUAAGAUAUUUAUUCCAAUUUAAUUUACCGAUGAUCAUUUAUUAAAUAUAGUUAAAACAACUGAAUUAAUGACGACGCAUAGCAUAGUGCAUGCAGGUCAUUCAAUUCGUGCAAGAGUACUCCUUUUUUGCUUUCGUGUGCUACCAACAAAAGACGGUUAUUUUAUUUUCCACACCUAGUACGAUCUGGACUGACUUGCCUAGUUGCUCAUCAGCCGCGGCCAGUAAUAUGGCCGCGCCCUUUCCCUUCUGAAACAUCAGGGUUUCGUCUCAAAUCCCGUACCCGUUUACCCCUAGACGCCGUGUUCAAGAGAAACCUCAAGAGCAAAAAAACGAAAUAACACUGACGCUGCACAGUAUGAGAGAGAUUUUUCCCCUUAAGAUUUUACUAAAAGCUAUCCAUACUGCGCAGAGCGGAGUCAUUUGAUAAAUUAUAUAUCUUUAGAAAAAAGUAGUUCUAGCUUAUUUAAGCGUUUUUCUCAUUUUUAAAAUUAGUCCAAGAGCAAAACUAAGUCAUGUUAUUAUGUAACACUGCCUAAAAUUAUUUUCACAGACAACUGGAAAUAAUUUGAUAAAACAAUUAUACAAUUCAGCAAAGAUUAAUGCAUCACUAAGAAGAACGAGAAGAACUGGGCUCCCUCCAAUGAGGCCAGUGCCCCCAAGUGCCUUUCAUGCUUUCGCCUUGAAACGAAAUAAACACUGUUCCGCUGAGCAGACAUUCAGUGCGGGUAGCAUAACUUUCUCAUUCAUUCAAACGCGCGUAAUUAAUAUUAUUGGAAUUGUUUUAUUAAAUUAUCUAUUUUUAAUUCAGAAAAUUGUUAAACCCACCAUUUAUUUCAUGACGUUUAAUUCUAGAAGGCAUUGCAGAAAAAAGAAAAUGGAACUGCUCAAAUUUUGAUAAGCAUGCAAAAAGCCAUCAACAUUGUAAAGAUUCCAAGUAACAUUUCAUUUCUGAAAUUCGUAGAAUUUGUAGGGGCAAGAAUUUCUUAUGUUCUACAAGGCCUUCCUUUUCAUCCACAUUCUUCGCUUUUAUUCCCACUCUCAUGAAUAAAACCUUCUUUAUUUCCAAAUUGAGCACUACAUACCCUGGCCUGCAACAAAAAGAGGCACUCUGCUGCGCUGAGUAAAAUUCGCUUGAUUGCCUAGAAUUCAAAGGCUGGAAAAGAAUUAUGGCGGAGUCAAGUCGGCCGUUGGCCUCAGUGCCAUGGGUUUCGAUAGCAAACAACCCUGAUUUGAAGCUGGAAGACUCUGCUGUGUUUGAAAAUGCUCAAUUCUGCAGCAAAGCCGAGAAGGAGCAGCAAAUCGCAAUAUUCAAGAACCUCAACAAAUUGUUCCCAUUCUACAUUCCGAUGGAGCACCACAGGAUGGACGUAAAAGAAAUGGUCAAGAACAGUCCAAACGGACAGUACUGGGCAGUGGCGCUUCACUUUUUGAUUAGCAGCAAGGGCCACAACCAAUGCGCCUGGAACGAAUUCCAGGAGCAUUUAAAUGCCAGAAGUGAAGACAUAAAUUCUAACGAUUGCACCACUUGCGCGGCUCCAUACAUUUCUGAUAACAAGAUGGCUGAUUUGUUUCCGCAAGGGAAUCCACCGCAGUGCCAAAGAGUCGAGGAAUAUAUUAACGAUCCUUGGGUGCUGAUGCAAUUGCAUUUCCAACCAGCAUUGUUCCACCAGUGGCUCGUCGCUUUCAUGAUCGAAAUAUACAAAAUUUCAAUGGAGUUGUCAGAGCUAGAUCAUUUGCCUUCUCGUUUACACGGCAAAGAUAAAAAUGUCGUAAUCCGCAUCUUCCAAUGGAACAGAUCCGCGUGGAACUACGUUUUGCAAGGAUUCAGCUUUCUUCAGGCCUGUGUUGAUUUGAAGUAUCAGGACUUGAGAAAUUUAUUUCCUGGAAUCGAUUUUCCAUAUCAGUUCAUGAAAAUUUACAUUGAUCACGAUUUGUUAAACGUAAUCAGGUCGUACAAGAAACUCGCUUGGGGCAAUUCACAUGUCGCUCUGAACAAAUUGGAGGUAGUCAAAUAUCAAGUGCCGUGUAACAUUUACGAGUUAUCCUUUUGGAACAAAACUACAUCGGAACGCCUCACAAUGUUUGAAAGUGAUGAAUAUGUCUUUGAAGUAGGGUCUUUAGAGGAAGUAAUAGACAAGACUGUUGUUGGAAUUGACGAAUUAUUGGAAUCGCUUCAAGCAUUCUGUAAUCAUAAACUCGAGUUCAGCCAGAAGCUCAGAAAAUUUUUGUCACAGGACGAUGAGUUCCGUAGAGUGGUUUCACAGUUGAAAAGAGAAAUAGAUAUUACCGCAUUGCUGCGGAUCAGGAAAGAAGAAAAUGGAAUAAUUGGCACUGCAUUGACCAUCUCGCAAUACCUAAAAAUGAAUGACUUUGCCAACCGCGCUAAGAGCCGUCUCCACGAAUUGACGAAAAUUGACCCAAGCAAGUUACUAAGGGUCAAUUAUGAUGAUCUUCCUUGUGAUGAGAGAUUGUUAGAAGACUUAGAUAUUAGAGAUUUUACCGAAUACCCUCCUGUCAAAAUAUCGAGUCUGCUUGGUAACAGUGGGAUAGAGUCAAAGUUUCAACCUGAAAUUGAUGCGGUGGAUGAAAAAUGUCCUUGCUACACUGAAGAUCCAGCCACGAUUGCACACAAAUUUGAGGCAAGAAUCAAGAAAGUAGUAAGGGAGAGAGUAAAAUUGCAUAGGCAGAAUAUCCUACAUAAGCCCCAUAAUUACAUCGCCAUUUACCCCGGACUGAAUGAUUGGCAGUUCGAGCAAUACCUUUUGCCUUGUUUCGUGGCCUCCAUGCUCGAACUGUUCACAAACGACAAAGAGACGGCGAUCAGCAGUGAAAUGAAAGGAUGGUACGUAGCUACAAUCAACAUGCUCAUUUGGGUAUACGAUGUCCAAAUUAAUCAAGACCAUAAAAUGCAUGUUAAAAAAAUGGAUGGACAACACCUUGCAUAUUACGUGAAUAGGGAGUUUUCAUCGCCGAUUCUUCUCAAGACCUACUUUAAAUCGACGUUAGACAAUCUCCGUUUUAUUUUCUCCACGGACAGAUCAUUCCAGACCCAUUUUGACCAAUUUUUGCACUUGUUCGACUCGCUUUUUGAGGUGCUGAUAAACAGAAGCGGGUUCUCAUCAAGUUCCGGACUCUCAUCACAGACCAACAACUACUACUAUGAUAGGCAAACGAUCGAUUUUUUCAAUUUACUCGAAAAGGCAAUAGACUCGCAUCCCGCAACAAACGUCAACCGCAAGCCGGAUUCCGACUAUGCGGCCAAUGUAAGAAGCGAUCUGAUGAAAGUGUUGUGCGAAAUCGGCUUUCACAAGGAAAAUAUUUUCAAAGAUAUUCCUCUGGACUUGGAAAUGUCAUCGAUCUUGUUACUUGCUCUCAUUAAAUACUGUCUCCAAAAAAAUGACGACCUCACGAGAGUUAAACGUUUGAAAAAAGCCGACAAGAGUCUGGACGCCCUGAUGAAAGACGCAAAAGAGGAAUGUGGAAAUUUGACCGUGCCCCAAACGCAGUGUCUCGCUUUCUACUUGGCUCUAAAAAUAAUUCCCAGAAAAAAUUUCUCCGAGUUGGUGGGUAAAAAUGUGACCAAAAGCAUUCUAGAUCGCAUGUUGCAUAAAUUUGCGGAAGGAGAAAAUAUGAUAUCUCUGGUUGAUUUCAUGAAUAAAGGCGUUCCUCACGAAGAGUCGAGAGUGUCGCACGAGUUCGCAAAAGAAAAGGCUUCAGUUCUGUAUUACGUCGCCAUGAACGAAUUGAACAAAUCCAGCACUAAUUAUAAAGAUGUGCUUAAAAAGCGCCAGGAAGCUUCUUGGUUCUUCCCGAUCGUUCACUGCAGAAAUUGCGGCGUGGUGGACAAAGAUGUGUACCAAUAUCCGUGCUCAGAGUGCAGCAACAACGAGCAUUAUCCGGACAAGAAUUUUUUCUGUUCAGAAAAAUGCAAAAAUAUCGCCAUGGACACUUUCCACGCCAAAGAACAUGCUGAUCCAAACAAUGCGUAUGGUGAAGGCAACUGUGUUUGAAAUCAUAAAUCAUCUCAAAGAUAUGUAG